GUUUCAUUACUGUACACUGUGGAUUGGUAAUGAAAUUAUAAUUGUUGCACCUCAGAAACUUGCAUUUGCCAACUACUUCAAUCGUAAUCGUCUGCACAACGGUUAGGAAAAAUGCAACUAUUUAGUGCCCAAAUGGCAGUAUCUGCCCUACGCCACGGAAAUCGCGCUCGGCUGUGGUCAAUUCGUAAGAAUGGCUUUGCAAGCCAAGUCGAAUAUAAGCCAAUCCGAUCCGUGCUGGUUGCGAAUCGAGGUGAAAUUGCCAUCCGUGUAUUUCGUGCCUGCACGGAGCUUGGUAUACGCUCUGUGGCAGUUUACUCCGAGCAAGAUAAGAUGCACAUGCACAGACAAAAGGCUGAUGAAUCGUACAUGGUAGGAAAAGGAUUGGCACCGGUCGAGGCAUAUCUUAAUAUCCCAGAGAUCAUUCGAGUGUGCAAGGAAAACGAUGUCGAUGCAGUUCAUCCGGGUUACGGGUUUCUAUCGGAGAGAUCAGACUUCGCCCAAGCCGUCAUCGACGCAGGGUUGCGUUUCAUCGGGCCCUCUCCAAAAGUUGUCCAGCAAAUGGGUGACAAAGUUGCUGCCCGUAAGGCUGCUAUCGAAGCCGGGGUCCCCAUCGUUCCCGGCACGGAUGGGCCAGUAACUACCAAGGAGGAAGCUGUCGAUUUUUGUCGUAAGCAUGGGCUGCCGGUAAUUUUUAAGGCUGCUUAUGGUGGAGGCGGUCGAGGUAUGCGUGUUGUUCGCAAAAUGGAUGAAGUUGAAGACAAUUUUAUGCGUGCCAGCUCAGAAGCCAAGGCUGCCUUUGGCAACGGAGCCAUGUUCAUCGAAAAGUUCAUCGAGCGGCCACGCCAUAUAGAAGUGCAACUUCUCGGCGAUAAAGCAGGCAAUGUAGUCCAUCUGUACGAGCGUGAUUGUUCGGUACAACGACGCCACCAAAAGGUAGUGGAGAUCGCCCCAGCUCCUCGGCUUCCUAUAGAGGUGCGCAAUAAAAUGACAGAGUACGCGGUGCGUUUAGCUCGCCACGUCGGCUACGAAAACGCCGGUACUGUCGAGUUCCUAUGCGAUGAGUCUGGUAAUUUUUACUUUAUUGAAGUAAAUGCCCGUCUGCAAGUGGAGCACACCGUGACCGAAGAAAUCACCGGCAUUGAUUUGGUCCAAUCGCAAAUACGUGUAGCGGAAGGUAUGACCCUACCCGAACUCGGAUAUACGCAGGACAACAUUAAAACACAAGGUUACGCCAUCCAGUGCCGCGUCACGACGGAAGAUCCCGCAAACGAUUUCCAGCCCAGCACUGGACGAUUAGAGGUGUUCCGAUCUGGCGAGGGCAUGGGCAUUCGUUUGGAUAGUGCAUCCGCAUACGCUGGAGCGAUUAUCUCGCCAUACUACGAUUCAUUGCUGGUGAAGGUUAUAUCACACGCGUCCGAUUUGCAAUCGUCUGCGGCAAAAAUGAAUCGGGCGUUGCGCGAGUUUCGUAUUCGUGGUGUAAAAACCAACAUUCCAUUCUUGCUGAAUGUGCUAGAAAACCAAAAGUUCCUCAACGGAGUUCUGGAUACGUAUUUCAUCGACGAACAUCCGCAACUUUUCCGAUUCGCCAAAUCAAAGAAUCGUGCCCAAAAGCUGCUUAACUACCUUGGCGAAGUAUUGGUCAAUGGUCCAACAACACCACUAGCAACAAAGCUGAAGCCUGCCGAAGUACAUCCACAUGUUCCUCAGUUGCCACUAGACCUGUCACCAGAAGCACUGGCCGACGAGGAACAGGGUAAAAGAAAAGUUACAGAGCCACCACGUGGUUUCAAGCAAAUCUUAGAAGAGCAAGGACCGGAGGGCUUUGCCAAAGCAGUUCGCAACCAGAAAAACCUUCUGCUGAUGGAUACAACGUUUCGUGACGCGCACCAAUCCCUUCUGGCAACCAGAGUUAGAACACACGAUCUACUAAAGAUCUCACCGUUCGUGGCACAUAAGUUCAAUAAUCUGUAUUCGCUGGAGAAUUGGGGCGGUGCUACCUUCGACGUCGCCCUGCGGUUCUUGCACGAGUGUCCUUGGGAACGGUUGGAGGAAAUGCGCAAGCAGAUUCCUAACAUCCCUUUCCAGAUGCUGUUACGCGGUGCUAAUGCCGUUGGCUAUACGAAUUAUCCGGACAACGUAGUCUCCAAGUUCUGUGACCUAUCGGUGCAAUGCGGUAUGGACAUUUUCCGAGUGUUUGAUUCGCUCAACUAUUUGCCAAACUUAAUUCUUGGCAUGGAGGCGGCCGGUAAUGCUGGUGGUGUAGUGGAGGCUGCCAUCUCUUACACCGGGGACGUUAGUGAUGAAAAAAAGACUAAAUAUGACUUGAAAUACUAUACAAAUUUGGCCGAUGAGUUGGUAAAAGCAGGGACUCACGUGCUUUGUAUCAAGGAUAUGGCUGGAUUGUUGAAACCACAGGCGGCACGUUUACUUAUAACAGCUAUUCGUGAAAAACACCCGGAUGUGCCUAUCCAUAUUCAUACACACGAUACAUCAGGUGCUGGGGUAGCUUCUAUGCUUGCUUGCGCUGAAGCCGGCGCGGACGUGGUCGAUGUAGCCGUGGAUUCCAUGUCGGGCAUGACUUCUCAACCAAGCAUGGGAGCGGUUGUUGCUUCAUUGCAAGGAACCAGCCUUGACACGGGGCUGGCACUGCCGGACAUUAGCGAGUAUUCAGCCUACUGGGAGCAAGCGCGUACGCUCUACGCUCCAUUUGAGUGUACAACGACGAUGAAAUCCGGCAAUGCCGAUGUAUAUAUGAAUGAAAUCCCCGGAGGACAAUACACAAACCUUCAGUUCCAAGCCUAUUCGCUUGGACUGGGAGAUUUCUUUGAAGACGUAAAGAAGGCCUAUCGGGAGGCCAAUUUGUUGCUGGGUGACAUCAUAAAGGUGACUCCAUCGUCGAAGGUGGUUGGUGAUCUUGCCCAAUUCAUGGUGCAGAACCAUUUAUCGGCCGACCAAGUGCUAGAGCGAGCUGAAGAACUAUCGUUCCCCAAAUCUGUGGUUGAAUUUUUGCAAGGCGCCAUCGGUACUCCCCAUGGAGGAUUCCCCGAACCGUUGCGAUCGCGUGUACUUAAAGAUAUGCCCCGCAUCGAAGGACGUCCGGGAGCCCAGUUAGCUCCGCUAGAUUUUGAUGCAUUGAAAAAAUCCCUCCAGGAAUCUCAUCCCGAUGUUAGCGAUCGUGAUGUCAUGUCAGCGGCGCUUUACCCGCAAGUCACAAACGACUUCCUCAACUUCCGCGAUACGUUUGGUCCGGUCGACAAGUUGAACACGCGCGUCUUUCUGACUGGCCCGAAGGUGGGCGAAGAGUUUGAAGUGACCAUUGAAAAAGGCAAAACUCUCGGAUUUAAAACACUGGCAAGAGCAGAGGACCUCACAGCAAACGGCGAGCGAGAGGUGUUCUUCGAGCUGAACGGUCAACUAAGAUCGGUGUUAAUCCGCGACAAGGAAGCCGUCAAAGAGCUACACAUUCAUCCGAAGGCUACCAAGGGUAACAAAGACGAAGUCGGAGCACCCAUGCCUGGCUCCGUUAUCGAAAUCAAAGUUAAAGUCGGUGAUCACGUCGAGAAAGGUCAACCUUUGAUAGUGCUGUCAGCCAUGAAAAUGGAAAUGGUGGUUCAAUCUCCUCGGGCUGGUGUUGUGAAAACACUGGACAUUAGCAACGGUAUGAAGUUAGAAGGGGAAGAUUUGCUGCUUACCUUGGAAUAAGCAACAUGAAGCCAUGGAAGCCAUGGAAUAUGCCUUAGCUGUACUUCUUCCAUCUCAAUGUUACGUUUUGAAAGUGCCGAAAAACACAAUUGGUGGAAACAUUAUACUCCAACUAGCUUUAACAUUACGGAAUAAAGUUGUUUUGUUUUCUAUCUGGUUUACUGUAA